AUGGCAGUCUCCUCCCUUUUCAUUUCCAAUAUACCGAUAGUAGCAUGGGCUAUCUGGAUCUUUUUAUGCGGAAACUGUUUGGAUAAUGCACUUCAUCAGCUUGUUAACGUUGCAGCAGCAUCUGGAUCAAUAUCUACCCUUCAACUUGAACAAGCCAAGACUUUGCACGAGACUGGGUGGUGGCCGUCCAGUAGUAAUUAUUCAAGUGCUUGUCACUGGAAUGGUAUUACUUGCAAUGAUGGAGGAAGCGUCACAAGCAUCGAUAGAUUUCAUCAAGGUUUGAGAGGUCAGUUGAAACUCAACUUCUCUUUCUUCCCAAAUUUAGAAAGUCUUGAGCUUGGUUGGAACAACCUUACGGGGCUCAUCCCACUUGAGAUAGGGAUGUUGAAAAAUCUGACCUCUUUAUACCUUUUUGGGAACAUGUUCGUCGGUCCAAUCCCAACUACUCUAGGUCAUCUAACUAAUUUGAGAUUUUUAGAUCUUGCUCGGAAUAAAAUUAAUGAAUCCAUUUCACCCGAAAUAGGGAUGCUGAAAAAUCUUGCUUAUUUAUCUCUUUCAUCGAACAUGCUCGUCGGUCCAAUCCCUUCCACAAUUAGUCAUUUAACUAAUUUGAGAAUUUUAUACCUUGAUAGAAAUAAAAUCUAUGGAUUCAUUCCCCCCGAAAUAGGGAUGCUGAAAAAUCUGACUGUUUUAUCCCUUUAUUCGAACAUGCUCGUCGGUCCAAUCCCUACCAUUCUGUGCCAUUUGACUAAUUUGAGAAUUUUAUACCUUGAUCAAAAUAAAAUCAAUGGAUCAAUUCCUCCUGAAAUAGGGAUGCUAAAAAAUCUGUUCUCUUUAUCCCUUUAUUCCAACAUGCUCGUCGGUCCAAUCCCUUCCACAGUUGGUCAUUUAACUCAUUUGGAAUAUUUAAACAUUAGCUGGAAUAAAAUCAAUGGAUCCAUUCCCCCCAAAAUAGGGAUGCUGAAAAGUCUGUCCUCUUUAUCCAUUUAUUCAAGCAUGCUCAUCGGUUCAAUCCCUUCCGCAAUUGGUCAUUUAACUAAUUUGAAAUCUUUGAUCCUUGGUAAAAGUCAAAUCAAUGGAUCCAUUCCCUCCGAAAUAGGGAUGCUAAAAAACUUGAUCUAUUUAUCUCUUUAUUCGAACAUGCUCAUCGGUCCAAUCCCUACCACUCUUAGCCAUUUAACUAAUUUGGACUAUUUGGACCUUAGUCAAAAUAAAAUCAAUGGAUCCAUUCCUCCCGAAAUAGGGAUGAUGAAAAAUCUAACCACUUUAGACCUUCAUUUGAACAUGCUCAUCGGUCCAAUCCCUUCCACAGUUGGUCAUUUCACUAAUUUGAGAUAUUUGGACCUUAGUCAGAAUAAAAUCAAUGGAUCAAUUCCUCCCGAAAUAAGGAUGCUGAAAAAUCUAUCCUCUUUAUCCCUUUAUUCAAACAUACUCGUCGGUCCAAUCCCUUCCACAAUUGGUCAUUUAACCAAUUUGAGAUAUUUAGACCUUGGGGCGAAUAAAAUCAGUGGAUCCAUUCCUCCCGAAAUAGGGAUGCUGAAAAAUCUGACCACUUUAUACCUCGAA